AUGCUUGCCUGCCAACGGAACGAGACAAAGGGCGCUACCUUUACAGUCAACGAACUAAAUUGGUUCCGAAGGCACGCGUACAACAUUGGUGUUCUCAGCUGUGAGAAAUGGGCGGCAUCCAAUCUCAUCGGAUUAUUCAAAUCUUGUAUAACACUCUCGCAAUGCUACGGCGACACCCAUCCUCUACCAGUCCCGCAAGAAUUGUCGCUCAUGACGAUGCGAUGCCACUUCAUGCUGAGUUCCAUACAUAUCAACAACGCGCGGAACUCCCAAGAAGAUAACAGUCAGAGUUAUCAAGAGUCUAGAGUACAUUUCGGCGAGUACUGCAAAAUACUAGAAACCUUUACUGUGCGAAACUGCGGAACCAAUGACAAGCUAUCCAGCAGCCUCGCCGAACAUAUCCAGAAACACAUGUUAUUGCAAACAUCCAUGCUAUAUGUAUUUGAGUUUGAAGCUGCAGUCAUGCUAGACGACUGGUCUAUUCUUUCUCAAAUCGUCCAACGAGCGCAUAUCUGCAGCGACGAAGGUGUCUACAAAGCCAUGGGCGACUGUCUUCUUCAGAGUCAGGCCCCGGUCGAAGUCUUAUCCAACAUCACAAAGCUGAUUGUGAACCAAAUUUACAUCUUGGAGACAUUUGACGCGUCACGCCUAGCAAAGUACAUCCGGUGUCUAUUCCAAGCUCUACUUCUUCGUGGCGAAGGACUAGCUAUACAACUGCUAGACCAGGCGAUUCAAUUAGCACGCGAGCUAGACAAGGCCCAGAACCCGUUUCCUGCCCUCGAAGCGAGAUGGAUGGUUGCCACAAGCUUCAACCGCGCCGUUGACCACUACGUCCAAGGUGACCAUCAGCGGUGCAAAGAAUGGGCAUCAAGGGCAAUAGACUUGGCAAACUAUACAGGCGACGAUGGGCUGCUUAAAAAAGCGGUAGAGUCUCGGUAUUCCGAACUCAAACUCGAGAACGAGAGUCUUUAA